AUGCAUCUCAACGCCCUUCUUCCGCUCGCUCUCCUCCCCCUUUCCACAUCCGCCGAGCCCAUUAGGGUACCAUCGCAGAACAAUGAAACUCGCCAUCAGCGCCCGCGCCCGCCCCGACGCGCCGAGCGGUUAUGCCCCGGCUCACUUCUUGGAGCGGGCUCAACAUCGAGGGCUUCGACGCCGAGGCCUACAUCAACCGGGUUCGCUUCGGAUGUCAAGAACCUUCCUAACAUUCGGCAUCGCUGGUUUCGGGCGGCGGCUACCGCGCUCUUGAAGAAUGGCGCCGGCUUUAUCUCCGCCGCCGACAUCCGCAUCCUCGGCUUCUCCGGCAAAGGUGGGCUUUGCGGCCUCCUCCAGGCCAGCACCUAUCUGUCUGGUCUAUCCGGCGGCGGAUGGCUGGUCAGCAGUAUCUAUGCUAACAACUUCACCACCGUCGAGACCCUGCGGAAGGGGAGGGAGGACAGCAGCAUCUGGCGGUUCGACAACUCCAUCUUCACGGGGCCCGACCUGUCCGGCAUCUUCGACACCCCGCGGUACUGGGCCAAGGUCGCCAGCCAGGUGAGCGACAAGGACGAUGCCGGCUUCGAGACGUCCAUCACCGACUACUGGGGCCGGGCGCUGGCCUGGCAGCUGAUCGACGCGCCCGAGGGCGGGCCGUCGUACACCUUCUCCAGCAUCGCCGACGACGAGGAGUUCUCCAACGCGCGCGCGCCCUUCCCCAUCCUGGUGGCCGACGGCCGGGCGCCCGGCGAGAAGAUCAUCUCGCUCAACGCGACCGUGUACGAGUUCAACCCGUACGAGAUGGGCUCCUGGGACCCGACCACCUUCGGCUUCGCGCCCAUGCGCUAUCUCGCCUCCAACUUCUCCAACGGCGUCGUCCCGCGCGACGGCAAGUGCGUGCGCGGCUUCGACUCGCUCAGCUACAUCUUCGGCACCAGCAGCUCGCUCUUCAACGCCUUCCUCCUGCAGAACAUCUCCAGCGUCGAGGGCGUGCCCGACUUCCUCAUCGACGCCGGCACCUCGGUCCUCAAGGGCCUCGACGCCGACAAGAACGACAUCGCCCAGUACGUGCCCAACCCCUUCCUCGGCUGGAACAAGGGCAGCAACCCGACAGCGGGCACCUCGGAGCUCGACCUCGUCGACGGCGGCAUGGACCUGCAAAACAUCCCGCUCCACCCCUUAAUCCAGCCCUUCCGCUCCGUCGACGUCAUCUUCGCGGUCGACUCCUCCGCCGACACGACCUACGCCUGGCCCAACGGCACGGCCAUGCGCGCCAGCUUCGACCGCGUCCGCGGCAGCAUCGCCAACGGCACGCUGUUCCCGGCCGUCCCGGACGACAAGACCUUCCUGGCGCAGGGGCUCAACAGCCGGCCGACCUUCUUCGGCUGCGACGCCGCCAACUUCACCCUCGCGCAGGGCCAGACCGCGCCGCCGCUGAUCGUCUACGUGCCCAACGCGCCCUACACGGCCAUGUCCAACGUGACGACCUUCACGCCCUCCUACACGCUGCCCGAGCGCGACGGCAUCAUUCGCAACGGGUACGACGCGGCGACCCAGGGCAACGGCACGCUGGACACUCGGUGGCAGACCUGCGUGGCCUGCGCCGUCAUGAGCCGCAGCUGGACGCGCACCGAGACCGCCGUGCCUGCGGUUUGCAAUUCUUGCUUUGAGCGUUACUGCUGGAACGGGACGCUGGCUGAUGCUAGUGUUGCUAUUGCUUCGGGUGGCGGUGGCGCCGAGUACGAGCCUACCUUCAAGAUUGGGAAUGGGAACUCGGAUGAGUCGGCCGGUGUGAAGGUCGUGGGGAGGUCGGCCUGGGCUUUGAUGGUUGGCUUGGUUGCCGCGGUGGCUGUUUUGUAA